AUGGACGUGGUACAAUAUGAAAAUGAAAACCCAUCCAUCAAUAGAUCCGAAAAACCCCAUGUGGUCAUCCUACACGAAAGAUUAGCAAGGAAAAAAGAAGAUAGAUACAUGCUGAACAUUGCUCUGGCUUACCAAAAAAUCGGAUAUAAAGUUACGAUAUUAACGUCGCAUUACGAGAGAGAUCAUUCUUUUACUGAUAUAAGGUUUUCAGAUGGAAUUUGCAUCGAAUAUUCGGGUUGGUGGAUACCACGAGCCAUCUUUGGACUUUUUAGCUUAUCGUCAUUUCGAGCGGUGUGGAUGGUGUUGAGAUUAUUGAUGUGGCCACCAAAGCCGAAGCCAGAAGUAAUAAUUAUAGACGUCAGCCUCUUCACCCUUUAUCUACUCAAAUGUUUUUCCAGCUAUAAAAUAUUUUUCGUGCACAAUUUCCAAGAAUUAAAGAGCUUGGACGCUUGUUUCGAGCAUACUAAAAUCAAUCCAUCUUUGUUCGAAGCAAAAUGGAUCAAACUCGCCGAUGAAAUUAUCGUAGAAACCGUCGGCUUCGCUGAAAUAUUAACCAAAUCGUAUCCCACACUAACAACCAAACCGAAAAUUCUGUAUCCUUCCAUAGAUCUUGGUUUAUGGAAAGAGCCGGGAAUAAAAAUACAGAGAAUAAUACCGGAUUUGUUAGACGAUACGAUACUAUUUCUUACCGUAGGUAAGUUCCGACGAUCGUCAAAUUUCAAAUUAUCUUUAGACGCAUUCGAACUUCUACUAGAGUUGAUAGACGACAAAUCAAUAACUAAGCGAUUUCAGUUGGUUAUCGCAGGAAAUUGUAAGACGUUGGAAGAGAAAUUUCAUUACAGCGAACUGAUGGCUAUCACAAAACAAAGAAUUUGUGCUGCUCAAGUCACUUUUUUAAGACAACUACCGAUAAUACACGAAAAAACUUUGAUAAUGGAAUCAGCGAUAAUGAUCCAUCCUGCUAAAAAUGAUGUAUAUUCUGAUUUUAUCCUCAAAGCUAUGUCUUUAGGAAAACCAAUAAUAGCCACGAACAAGGGCAUCGCAUCUAAAAUAUUGGUACAUAGGCUCUCUGGUGUUCUCCUUGAUCCCGAGCCGAAAGUUAUAGCACUUGCUUUAAAAAAAUUGAUGGUGAAUCCACAUUUGCAGGUUUUUUUAGGCGAUAUAGCUAAAGAGACCUUCGAUAAAUCACACUCAUUCGAAGCUUUUUGUGGGGAGAUAAGUAGUAUUAUGAAGAAGCCGCAAGAAGUUACAUCAAAUUCAGAACGUAACGGUGAAACUUCACUUGUUUCAGAUAACUAG